UUUAACCAUAAGUCGAGGUUUGGCCGUAAUUUUCCCUAAAAAAGAUACAUAUCAAGAAAAAACACACAACUCCGCCACAGUGAUGAAAUAAUAGUACAAAUCACCGCACAGUGUACAAUCCACAGAGUAAAGAAAGAGCUGUUGCAAAUCUGCAGAAAGAUUCACAACACACUUCACUUUUUUCAGGCACAGGUUAUCGAUUUCUUCUUUGUAAAAUGAAGGGCAUGUGGUCCGAUCACUUCGCCGCCGCCGAUAAGCCAUCGGAGGAGUCAUCCCCUCCCUGCAAAACCCACGGCCUCUGGUCCGAAAUCUUCCCCUCCGCCGACGAAUCGACGCCGCCGCCUCCACCCCACCACGAAACGUGCUCCGCCGCCGUGGAACCGCCGCCACUAUCCCGCUACGAAAUGUUCUCCCCGGCGGCGCCGCCGCUUCCCCGCUACGAACGGUGCCUAAUUUGCCCCAAAUGUAACGCCGCAAGCUGCCGCCUUUUGACGUCUUCCACCACCCAAAACCCCGGCCGCCGGUUCUACAUAUGCCCCGCCCCCGCAAACAAUCACAAAUUCUUCAAGUGGGCUGACGAGGUAAAACCUCACGAGUUAAUCGAUGUGCCCUACUGUGGUGGUUGUAUGGCCGGCGUUUGCCGGGUCCGGAAGGUCACAAACGGGCCUAAUUCGGGUCGGAUCCUAUUCCGGUGCAGAAUUAAAGAGGGGGAAGGAUCGUGUGGCUAUAAAGUUUGGAAAGACGAGCUCGAAGUUUCAUCGACUACCCAAGCCGACGUAAGGACUUGUUCGUUUCGGUCGACACUUUCAAACAGCAAUAGCAGCACGAGCCCUGUGAGUAUUGACCAAAUCGAUGAGGUGGCAGAUUACGAUUCGCCUGUAAUUGACAACUCGCCAUCUAAUACGAUCGAGCAAUUGCAAUCCGACAAACCUAGUGGAUCUUUAAGGAGAGCUAACAAAAGAUCUCGAUAUGGUGACCUAGAAGCUCACUCACUUACGAUACGCCUCGAGAUUCUUGAUCAAUGGAGAAAUGCUCGUUCAGAUAUGAACUCCGUGUCGAUCGAACAUUGUUGGAAAAAAGCAGCUGUUCGCCAAAAUUUAAGUAGUGAACUUCUCGGUUGGUGGGGAAGGCUUGCUUUUCACCCGAAACCCUGCUUGUCAACUCAUCCAUCGAAACCAUUCGCCCGUUAUGUUUCUUCUCCUUUGGAAUCCUCUUCUGCAGUGGAAGACGGAACCCUAGUAAAUUCGGGUGAUUCGAUCACACUAACUAGGAAUCUUCUCGGAUUUGAACCCCCACUUUUGAAUCCGGAUCAAGAAAACGAACUCUCUCGCAUUAAACCAAUUUGUGUUACUCCCAAUACAAAACCCGACAAUUUCAUGUCGAAAUCGAUCUCAAAGGCGUUUAGUGAAGCUGCAGAGCAUCUCCAAAAUGACCUUCUUACCCUUUUGGAGAAUAUGGACGUGAAAGAACACGAGGCCAUGACCGAGGCGGCCGAAGCCACGUUUGCCGCCCUAGACCGCUUGCUCAUAAAUCAUCAAGAAUUCAAGAAACGCGCAAACGAGUUCAUCCACUGCGCGAUGCUGUUGUCUGAAAUCGAACAAUCCAUGCCCGAAAACGAUUCUUACCAGAAGCUAGCCGAACAUUGUACCGCCGAGAAAACGAGGCUAGACGAGAUAAACUGCGUUCACACUGAGGUAGUCGAUAAUGUGACGAGCAGCAAGAAAAGGCUAAAACUUGCGCAGGAAGAAAUUUCGUCCACAAUGGAUUUGCUUUUCCAGAUUGAAGCCGAGUUAUCGUGUUGUGAGGUUGAGCUGAAGAAUAUGGAGCACGAGCUCGAGAAAAUAUCCGAAAAAAAAGAAGUUUUGGAAGGAAAUUAUACGAUUGCUUCUAAAGAACUGGAGUCGUCGUUGAAACUGCGCGAAAAGAAAGAAGCUGAUCGGAAUGCUGCUAAGGCUGCGUUCAAUACGGCACGAGCUUUGCUCCGAGGGUAAAACCGUAAAAGUUGCAUGCAUCGUCGACUAAGUGUGUUUCGGUAUAGUUAGUAUUAUUAUAUUAUUAUCUUUUAUCUCGAGUAAUUUAAUUUAGCUUUUAGUAUAUGGUAAUAUAUCCUUAUGCAUCAUAUAUAUUGACAUUAAUUAAAGGGUAAAAUUCAUUUU